CCAGUGCCGGCCUGGUGCUGAAUUCGAACUGCUUCGACAGCGUUAAAAACACUCCUGAGUUCCAGCAGACGGUCAAUCCAAACUCACUUGUUUCAGUGUCUGGUAACCACAAGUUAUCCCCGAGUGCACCCUUCCCAGAGUGCCUGAAUCUGGCCGACUCCAUUGUGGAAAUAGAGCUGUGUGCCAAGCAGGAGGACUGGAGGAGGAUGGGGAAUGUUUUCCGGUCCAUUUGUCAGUUGUCCAAACAACCCCACCAGUUGGGGCAAAUCAGCGGACGCAUCGCCACCGCGCUGCUCUCUGAGAGCAAAGACAAGCUGUCGCUGCCCUUUGCUACCUUCGCUGAGUCGGUGUGUCAGGGGGAAGAUGAGGAGAGCCUGGUCGGGAGUUUUUUGGGGCAGAAUUGGAGUCUCGCUCAUGUUGAGAUACCACAAAACGCAACAAUGGUCAAAGGGUCGGAGGGUGGUGGAUGUGCUGUCCUUUUCCAAAGUGAACUACUCCAAACUGAUGGGUUUGUUCGGGAACGAGAACGGAGCCUCGCGCUGCUCCCUGGUUACCGUGGCGGCCGAGCUGCUCCUCCUGAGUGGCAGCGUGGAGGGAGCGCUGAACACACUGCGAGAAAACAAAUGGUUCCUGGGUUCGUCGUCGUGGCCGUGUGACCCUGCCGAUCUGGAGAGUAGAAGCCGUGUGUUGAUGCGUCUGGCCGAGAAAACCUCUCACAGAGACACGCUGGAGGUCCUCUGUAAUCUGCCUGGACUCAGAGAGCUAAACGACAUGGUCGGCAUCCCCAAGUAUGAUCCUCUGUUUAACUCUCACCUGCAAGUGUGCAUGGACCGACAGAUUCUCCCCGUAGCUUCAGACACCGUGGACUUCAUGCUCAGUAAGAAACUGUCCGUCGAUCCUCUUCUGCUGCAAACGCUCCUGAACAAACUGGGAAAGCAGAACCUCUGGCCCCGAGCGCGGAGAGCCUUCAGUCACUCCGUGAGUUCGGGCUACUACCCGGAGGUGUCGACGGGCUUCAUGGCCCUGAUGGUGCCCUGCUCUCUGGGGGAGGUGGAGCUGGUUCUCUGCUUGGAGAUGUUCGUCACGGUCAACGCCACAGACAUCUUCCAGCUAUCAGAGACCUCCACUUCCUGUCUCAGUAUCACCCUCAAAAGGACUCAGAGCUGUGAGAGCGAGUACCUCUCCGCAGGAAGCCGCCUCCUGUCCGCAGCGUGCACGCCGCAGCCCAAACUGGUCGUUCACUACACGGCCGUUAACUCGUCCCAGGAUCAAGUUUUCACUCUGGACGUUUUCUCCGCUCGAUCCUGGCUCCGCCACAAUCACCUGUGGGCCAACGAGGUGUGGGUGCGCAAUUCCUCCGCAGUCCCCCGGACAUAAUUAACUUUCCUUUUUCCCUUAAAACUGCUUUUGUUCCAGAGGCUGCGGUUGACUCUGGGAAAACAACCAAUGAAAUCAGGAAAACUAACGCAUGUACAUUUCUGUUGGCUGUCAUAUUUCAAUUUAGCCUUUGACCAAGAAGAAGAAACUCACAACCAAAGACGGACACCAGACAUUUUCAAUGUUUGAUUUUUGUACAAAAAUAAUACCUAAUUUUUGUUCAAAUUUUGUUUUAAAUAUGUUAAGGAUUUUUAUGUUAAUUGUGGUUUCCUGAAGAGUUAUUUUAGCUGAUUUGUCUUUGAUUUAUAUAAGUAGGUAAUCUGGCAGGGUUGUUAUUUUCUUUAACAACAAUGUACAAUGUGUAUAUAAGUGUAUAUUUAUAAUGGUGUUAAGUCUUUGACGGUAUUAUGUUGCUACAUCAUCUUACUGAUUGUCAAAUCCUCAAUUGUUGCUUGUUCAAGAGCUGUGAUUUACAUUUUCUUUGUAAUACGUUUUUAUAAAAACUGUUCAGCUCCAAAAGUUUGACUUUGUACUGUUUGUUUGAAAAGAAAUCGAUUGUCUUCUGGAAAAUAAAAGAUUGGUAGGUAGUUAAAGUCA